UGGAGCUGGAGUUAUUUUCUUAUUCCCGUUAGCUACUGACACAAGAGAUGAGGCGGCUUGCGCGUUGAAAAUCGGAUGUCGUCACGUCAGUAGAGGUGCUAGAGCGAUCCGCAUAGGAAGUGAGGAUGGCGUUUUCACUGGUAAAUGUUGACACGGGAAGCUAAUGCAAAUGAUAAUACCGAGUGUGGAUCUGUCAGGGGAUGAUGGUGUGAGAUCGCGCGUUUUUAUUGCCCCGCGAUGCUUAUACGGACGAUAUGUGUGGUGCUUGUGACCCAACACCUGGCUGGGAAUGUGACUCCUAUCCCGCUGUCUCCACUGCCACCAGGCCCGCCGCUGAGCGAGCUGAUCAGGCACUACGAGCCGGCGCGCUACGACCGCCGCGCCCUGGCCGAGCACCGCCGCCCCAGGAGGGACCUGGGGCGCCCGCCCGCGCCGCUGCGCCUGCACUUCUCCGCCCUCGGCAGGCAGUUCCGGCUGAGACUGCGGCCCGCGCCGGACGUGUUCGCCCAGGACGUGGUGUUCGAGAGCACCGCGGGCCCGCUCAGCUUCCCGCGCGCCGCCGCCUGCUCCGGCUCGCUCGAAGACGACGACCAGGCGGCCGUGGAGGGCGUGCUGACGGCGGACGGCCUGUUCGACGGCGCCGUGGCCACGGCGGGAGAGCUGUACUACGUGGAGCCGGCGCGCCGCUACGGGGACCUGGGGCGGGCCGUGCACUCGGUGGUGUACCGCGCCUCGGACGUGCGCGCGCCCCCUGGGGCCCCGCUGCUGCACGAGCCCGACGAGCCCUACGACGCCGUGGUCGCCCCGGGGGCGCGCCCCACGCCCGCCUCCUGGCGCCAGCACGUGCAGCGGCGCGCCGUCGUCGACCCCAGCAAGACCACGUGCAUGCUGUACCUGCAGGCCGACCACCUGUUCCACCGCAAGUACGGCAGCGAGGAGGCGUGCAUCGAGGUGAUGACCCGCCACGUGCAGCGCGUCAACGCCAUCUACAAGAGCACGGAUUUCAACCAAGACGGGAAGCCGGACAACAUCAGCUUCAUGAUCAAGCGCAUCAAAGUGCACACGGAGGACGCCCUGCAGGAUCCCACGUACCGCUUCCCGCUCAACUACGGCGUCGAGAAGUUCCUGGAGCUCUUCUCAGAGGAAGACUACGAUGCGUUCUGCCUGGCCUAUAUGUUCACGUACCGGGACUUCGAGAUGGGUACCUUGGGGCUGGCGUGGACUGGAGAUCUGAAGAAUGCCGGCGGCGUUUGCGAGAAGAACGGGCACUACCGCGGGAGCAUGAAGAGCCUGAACACGGGCAUCGUGACGCUGCUCAACUACGGCAAGCACGUCCCGCCGGCCGUGUCCCACGUCACGCUCGCCCACGAGAUAGGACACAACUUCGGCUCGCCGCACGACCCCGAGCAGUGCACGCCCGGGGGCGAGGACGGCAACUUCAUCAUGUUCGCGCGGGCCACGUCCGGGGACAAGAAGAACAACAACAAGUUCUCCCAGUGCAGCUUGAACAGCAUCAACCCCGUGCUGAACGUGAAGGCGCGCAGCACCAAGGGCUGUUUCACAGAGCCGCAGGCGUCGCUGUGUGGCAACGGCGUGGUGGAGCCGGGGGAGGAGUGCGACUGUGGCUGGGAGGAGGACUGCCGCGACUCCUGCUGCUACCCCCAGAGGAAGCACGCGGCCCCCGACGAGCCGCCCUGCCGCCUCACCCCCAACAGCGUCUGCAGUCCCUCGCAGGGUCCGUGCUGCACGGCCGAGUGCCAGCUGAGGUUCGGCGACAAGUGCCGCGACGACAACGGCUGCCGAGAUGCGAGCUUCUGCGACGGGCGCGGCCCGCAGUGCCCGCCCUCCGUCAACAAGCCCAACAAGACGGUGUGCAACCAGGAGUUCGUCUGCUUCAUGGGGGAGUGCACGGGCUCCAUCUGCCUGGCGUACGGGCUGGAGUCGUGCCAGUGCAUCCCGGCGCCUGAGGACUCCAAGACGAAGGCGUGCGAGCUGUGCUGCAAGCUGCCCGGCGAGGGACAGCCGUGCAUGUCCUCGUUCGCCUGGAACGCUGCCCCCUUCGACAUCCCGGACAUGUUCUCCAAGCCCGGGACGCCCUGCAACAACUACAACGGCUACUGCGACGUCUUCCAGAAGUGUCGCGAGGUGGACCCGUCGGGACCGCUGGCGACGCUGCGCAAGCUCCUCUUGUCGGACGAGAGCAUCGCGUCGUUCAAGCUCUGGGUCAGCGAGCACUGGUACGCCGUGAUGUUCAUCGUGUUCGGCCUCAUAUUCGUUUUGGUGCUGAGCGCAAAGCUGUUCUCGAAGCGGCCGAACCCCAAGCUGAAGUCCAUCACGAUCAUCCACAGCUCGACAACGGAGACGGUGCGACUGCCCCCUGAUGGGGAGAGUGGCCAGGUGACGGUCCACCCCGCCGCCGUGCGCUCCAAGCUGCCGCUCAAGCACAAGGUGCGCGAGGCACGCGAGAAACACCGCCUGCACAGACAGCGCGCCAAGGCCAAGGACGGCGCCGCGGGGCCCGCCCCCAGCAAGCCGGCCAAGAGGAAGAGGAAGAAGAAGGCGGUGGGCGACGCAGGUGCGGCCGCGCCCAAGAAGCCGGCGGUGGCGAGCGAGACCGCGCUCAAGCGCAAGCUGCAGAAGUCGAAGCAGCAGCUGCGCGUCAAGAAGCAGAAGAAGGAGGUGAUAGACUACAGCGCGGCUCAGGGGCGAGGCUCGGACAAGCCGGGCGAGGUGCCGGUGGACGCCGCAGAGACCGACCCCGUCGGCAAGGUGAAGAACUGGCUGUUGAGCUCACAGCAGCCGGCGUCCGUCGUCAAGUCCAAGUCGACCCCCACGGGGCUGUCCAAGCCCGUGGUCACCACGCACGCCCCCCGGGGCCAGACGGACAUCCCCAAGUCUCACAGCGCCGGCAACAUCCUGCUGUCCGGCAAGACUGCCCCCGCGAGCAAGGACGGCAGCAAGGUCAAGCUGCAGGUCGUGUACAAGCCUCCGUUCAAGUUCAGUCUCAAGCUGCGCAAGCCAGACAAGACGGGGAACACUUCGACGGCCGUGGUGACGGACAAGAACGAUCACCGCAACUUCGUGGAAGUGCGUAAGAAACCGGCGGGCCGAGCGAGCGGGGCACGCGCCGCGAUACUGACCACCUCCAGGGACCACAGACGAACUCGAGCGAAGCCCCGUGCCGUCGAGACGCCCGCGACGGCCUCCGUCCCGCCUCCCGCGCCCGAGCCGCCGGACGUCGACUCCAACGCUCACACGGUCCCGUCCGACCUCGAGGUGCUGCUGUCCGAGAGCGAGUUCCUGUUCUCGGACGCGUGACGAAGGGCACUCGACCCCGUCCGCCCAGCGUGUCUGCUUCCGGCCCUCUUCCGUUACAUCGGCUCUUUGUCGUUCCUCUGUCCUGCGUGAACCUGCGGUAGACGCACCUCGUUCUUUGUCAUGUGCCAAAUACGAACAGUUUCCAGCAGCCAUAGCUGUGUAAAUAGAGCUUUAAAAAAAUUGAAAAAGUAUUUUGGCCAAAUCAGAAUGUAAUUUGGUCAUAACAUAGUAGAAUUUGACGAGUUAGUAUGAGGUUGUAAUAAAUGUAGACUUUAACAGAAUAACUGCCCACUGUAACCUUUGAAACAAUUCUUCUCAGGAGUUUCACUUGUUAAGUAAUUCAGCUAGUGGUCUGUGUUUCGAGUAUUAUUUUAUAUGCUACUUUUAAGGCUGUGUAUAUAGUCACACCCCCUGGUAGUUUAGUUCUAGUGGCGACUAGUGCUUCAGUGAUGAGGCAACUCACCAUUUCACUACAACUGAAAUCAGUUGAUUUAAGCUUUAUCCUUGAUGCGUGUUCAACUCGAGGAUACAUGUUCAACACUGAAACAUAAAACAGGUCAAGUACACCAAAAGUCAUGUGACAAGUUUUGCACGGGCCAGUAGUAAAGAGUCAUCAUGAACCCACAGAAUAGUAAACGGAAGGCAGGAAUGAACUUUGGACGAUGGCAUUAACAUUGUAUUUGCUGGUGUGCAAGAAAAUGAAUCAGUAUAAAUAGAUAUUCCAGCUGUACAAAUCGAGCUGCAGUGGUUGUUCUAGUCUUCCAGAAUGCUUUCUAUCACUUCUCUACUCUCCUGACCUGCAGUUUUUGUUUUGAUCAGGUGUGGUCAGUGAGGCGUCUAUAUUACUUCACGACUCACAUUUUACAGAUUCCAAAAAUAAUCAUCAGCCAAUACUGAUUCAAUUCAUCAAUUAAUUAUUGGUAAUUAAUGAUAAUUAUAUACACUGAUAUCAAAUAAAUUUUAAUAACAAUGAUGUUGGGUCUAUAUAGAUGAGAACUAGCAGAAUUUUAUUUUUGUGGUGAAAAAGUUGAUUAAAAAAAUGGGAGAAUCAGAAAGGGGAGGGUGAAUAUUUUUAUGAUCCUUUCUUUAAAUAAAACACAAUAAUCUUCUUUCACUUUGACUAUCGCAAGUCUAAAUUUUAUUUUUAAUGAGAAGAAUAGUACGAAGAAUUGAUGUAGGAUCAUGUGAGUGUUGGGUGGAGGGGGGGGGGUGUUUAUUGGCCAAUAACUGCCGCGGAGACAAUUCACAGUUUAAGGUGCCGCUCCUCAGGUAGUCAGGAUAAGGUUACAAAAUUAAGAAGAGCAGAUCAGCAGUCUUCAAUAAAACUUGGUUCUGUGCCUUGAAUCUAUAAAUGAACUGUGGAUUGCACUUGCUGAGGUAGCGAUGUCAUGCUUGUUUCUCGCAGUAGUCGCCACUAGAGGUCUGGAUAGCCUCAGGGACACUGGAAAUGGUCGGCAACAGAUCUACAGUGGAGCACAUUGGUGCCUUGCUUAUUUGUGUUGCACAAGUGGUCAAGAUUUGGUUAGUUCUGAUCUGAUCAUCUUCUUAUCUUUGUUCUUUGAUGAUACUCAUAAUACCUACGAAAAAUGAGCUUGUAAAAGUGCAGUUCAUCAUAUUGUCAUUACUAACAUUGGCUUACUGAAACUCAAUUCUCACUCUCACAUACCUUUGUACAGUAACCUACUUUGCAAGGAUGUGAUUUACCAAUGAAACGUCAUUUAGAUUUAAUAAGUAAGUUUAUGGUAAGUAUCAAAGCUAAAAUGCACUGUUUGAUGAAUUGCAUAAGCUGUGAUGUUAAGGUCAGUUUGAUCUAAAUAAAUGCCUAAGGUAACUAACAGAUUUAAUAGAAUAAGGUUUAAUACCUUGUUCGUCAAAAUAGCUUCGCAAAUAACUCAUUUUUUUAACCAAUUUUGAAAGAGAAAAAUGGUUUCUGUGAGUCAUCCUUAAAAGAUAGACAUAUGCUAUCACUGACUUUUCUGUAAGCCUUUUUAAGACCUACAAUUUUGUAGUUCAUUAAUUUGAUGUAUAAGUCAGCAUAAGCCAUGUAAGUACUCUAAUAGCAUCUUUUUACAACUUAAUUACAAAACAUCAAGAUUUCUCUACUAUCUUCAAAUUUAACAUGAAUCUAUUAGGCACAUAAACCUUCCGGGAGAAAUUCUUGAAAUGAUAGUAUAAACUGUAUCAUAAUCCAUUGUGUAGUUUAGACAGACAGACAUCCAGACGAACACAAAUAGCAGCUUUUUUUUAUACUAUUUAAAGUGAAAGGUGGAAACAUUUCAUGUAGUUUUCUCAUUUUCAUUGAGGAGCUUAAAAAAGUUCUUAACCUUAAUGGCAUUUUGUAAAAUGUGUGCCAAACCAUUUUCAGGGUCCUUGCAGUUAUUUAUUUAUGAAAACUGAAAUAAUAAAGUGUGAUCUUAACUAGUUAAGUCUAAAUAUCAUCUUCCUGCAGUCUACAAAUUACUUUGUUUACAAAGUUAGAAACUGUUACAAUUUUUGUAGAUUGUUAAUUAUAAUUAAUUUAUUCAUACAUUCCAGUGAUGUCAUUUACUUCGGAAAAUGAUUGUGAUAAUUUAUGAAAUUUUGUUGGUAUAUUAACAUAUAUUAGAAAAAUGUAGUUUUUAUAUUUAAUCUUCAUUUUUUAUCAAAUGCUGUUUUGGAAGUGUUAAAUUUUUAUAUUGACUGAUAAUGCUUUGUUUUUAUUUGUACUUAAAGAAGUAUUAAUUUAAUCACUAGAAACUGUAGCAAAAUAUAUGUGAAAUAAUGUUAAGUAUUUAUGUGGUGUAGUCGUGAUAUCCUUGGUAUGUUUACUUUACGAAAAUAUUGGCCUCUAUUUUAGUGAUAUUUGUUGAAACAUUGUCAGCAGCAAUGCCAGUGCUUUGUUUCAGGCCUACUUGCACACUUUUGUUCACUUCAGCUCUGGCGACAGUAUGUUGUUGUUGCCGUGAAGAUAUUAGCAACAGACAGUGAUUUGUGAACGUACCUUUUUACUUACAUCUGCGACCUGAGUCCUUCACUCUGAUUGCUGUGAAGAAACUGCGUCGGAACUGUACAUUGCUGUCGUCCACAGAACAAAAGUGGUAAUUAUUUUGUCGCCUAGCUUGGAAAUCAAACGGAAACUCAAUUCCAAAUCCUGCCAAAGCCACAUGAAGCCUUCCUGCGUUCAGUGCUCGGGAUCGACCGAGCACCGACCGAAAAAAAAAAAAAAAGAACUUAUCUUUGAAGCUGUUUUUUCUAACUUAUUUUGCUAGAAGAAUAAAAUUUUCUACCAUG